GAACCCAACGGCAAGAGCAGUUUUGUCCUUAUCCCUUCGCUUCCCUCUAGCGAUGGAAGCUUUGUCACGAUGGGUUCGAGUAUAUACAUGAGCAUAAUGAGUGCGUCAACCAUCGACUGCAGAUCUCACACGAUGAAAACCAUCCCUAGCAUCUAUGUGCCCAUGUCUAACACAAUCGCUGACAUCAUCGACGGGAGAAUUUACGUAAUUAGAAACUAUGGUCAUGACUCGAAGAAGGUGAUGGCGGUGUUCAAUACAGAAAAACAGAUGUGGGAGGAGCCUAUGCCAAAGAAGAGUACAUGGGAAACGGACGAGAUGUUGAAUUUUAGAGAGUGGGAGCAUGUUUGUGUCGUGGAUGACGUGUUGUACUACUAUGAUUAUAUUGAGAAGAAGAUAAGAACGUAUGAUUUGAAGUAG